AUGGUUUUUUUUUUGAGAAUAAGUGUUAGCGCGUUUGGAGGAUCCCAAAUCAUGUCUGCUCACAAGACAUUUAAGAUAAAAGCAAAACUUGCUAAAAAGCUCAAACAAAAUCGACCCAUUCCACAAUGGGUUCGUAUGAGAACGGGAAACACAAUCAGAUACAAUGCUAAGAGAAGACAUUGGAGAAGAACUAAACUAAAAUUGUAA